CUCAAUUCAGCUCUCCGGAGCAUUCGAAAGGGCCAAGACACCGGCAGAUUUCUCGUCGUGGACACGGAUAUACUGGAUUGGUGGGACACAGUGCAAUGCAGUCCGUUUGGAGCCGUAGAAAAGAGCGACGCAGAUCCUCUCAUAGAGGUCAGACUAAUUCACGACCUGUCAUUUCCUAAAGGAGCAUCGACGAAUGAUCUACUCGACAAGUCUUGUCUACCCGAAGUCGAAUACACCUACGUGACAGUACUGGCGGCAAGAAUCGAGUUCCUGGCCCAUGCACACCCGUGUUGCACCAUCAAGCUGCUCAAAGGUGAUGUUAAAGGCGCUUAUCGACAUCUGAUGACUCACGCGCUUCACGUCCAUCGUAUGGCUGGCCUAAUUCCCGAAUUACAUUCUCAUCCAGCUUCAGUCCAAGUCUCUGGCCGACUCGUCAGCAGCCAAAUACGCCAGGACAUGGACCCAAUGGACAGAGGGUGCGAAUUCAUGUAG